ACUCAAAAAAUCAUAAACCCUAACAAAAACCCCUUUCGUCGUCACUCUCGUCCUCGAUUCCUUCUCGGCCUAACACGAUGGGAAGCCAAGCAGCGGUAUCGUUCCUCACGAACAUCGCCAAGGCGGCGUUCGGUCUCGGCGCGGCGGCGACGGCGCUGUCCUCGUCUCUCUACACUGUCGACGGCGGAGAGAGAGCGGUGCUGUUCGAUCGUUUCAGGGGAGUGCUGGAUCAGACCGUCGGCGAAGGGACUCACUUCUUGAUCCCGAUUCUCCAGAGGCCUCACAUCUUCGACAUCCGCACCAAGCCUCACACCUUCUCCUCCGUCUCCGGUACCAAGGAUCUCCAGAUGGUUAAUCUCACCCUCCGUGUUCUCUCUCGCCCCGAGGUGUCGCGUCUCCCUACAAUAUUCCAAACAUUGGGUGUGGAGUAUGACGAGAAGGUUCUUCCCUCGAUUGGAAACGAGGUCUUGAAGGCUGUGGUUGCUCAAUUCAACGCUGACCAGCUCCUCACGGAGCGUCCUCAAGUGUCGGCACUUGUGCGUGACUCUCUCAUCAAGCGUGCCAGGGACUUUAACAUCGAGCUUGACGACGUGGCCAUCACGCAUUUGUCGUACGGUAUGGAGUUCUCGAGGGCGGUGGAGGCGAAGCAAGUGGCGCAGCAGGAAGCGGAGAGGUCCAAGUUUGUGGUGAUGAAGGCUGAUCAGGAGAGGAGAGCCGCGGUUAUUAGAGCUGAAGGUGAGAGUGAAGCUGCUCAGUUGAUUUCUGAUGCAACGGCUAAAGCUGGAAUGGGACUGAUCGAGCUCAGGAGGAUUGAGGCUUCGAGGGAGGUUGCAGCUACACUGGCUAGGUCUCCUAACGUCGCUUACUUGCCCGGUGGACAGAGCAUGCUCUUUAACCUGAACGCUGGUCGUUGAGCAAGCAAUUGGUGGGGAGAGGAGAGCUUAAGUGACAAAAGAGCAAUGGAGUAGAGGAUUUAGUUUAAUGGUGUUGGUCUUUUCUUUCUGAUUAAACAAUGUGAAAAAGAGAAACUUUAGUUGCUAUUAAAAGCCCAUUUAUUUAGGUUACUUCCGUUUCAGUGUUGGUGAAGUUUCAUUUUUAUAACAUUGUUGUCUCUCUCCCUCCUAUCGAUUUGUUUCUUACUGCAAUUUCUUAUGCAGUACUAGACGCAACAUAUUAUUUACCUAAAGGCUUCAUAGCUUCUUUA